AUGAGUGCCGAUCAGCUUCCGGCUUCCGAAAGCCGGCUGUAUUACUCUCUACCUUUAUUGAUGGGCUGUUUGGUGUUCGCCAAUUCGCUAGGCGGCGAUUUCGUCCACGACGAUCUCAGUGCCAUCAGGUAUAACGAAGAUGUCACAUCCAGCGGAGGAGGUGCUACUGACGGUAGGGGAACAAGCAAAAGCAGCAUUUGGUCCAACGAUUUCUGGGGAACAGCUCUUUCCGACGUCAAAAGCCAUAAAUCUUAUCGCCCUCUAACGGUGCUGUCGUUCAGAUGGAAUUACCUCGUCGGUGGGUUCAAUCCUUUCGGGUAUCACGUCGUUAACGUCGCACUCCACGGCGCCGUCAUAAUCACCUUCGCGCGGAUUUGCCGACAUCGACUGCAAACAACUUUGCGCACAAGUUUAAUGAGUGCCAGUCUCUUUGCAAUUCAUUCUAUCCAUACGGAAGCCGUCGCUGGAAUUGUAGGCCGUGCGGAUAUCCUCGCCACGCUUUUCUUCCUUUUGUCGUUCUCUUGCUAUCACAGGUUGAUGGAAGGAGGCGAGGAGUUCCGUGCCGGUCGUCAAUGCUUUCGCUGGGCGUCGAGCGUGAUUUUAGGCUGGGCGUCACUGACGGCCAAAGAGCACGGCAUAGCCGCUCUGCCUGUCGCUUUAAUCUUUGACGUCACCACCACUUCCCAUUACAAGCAUUUUAGAUUGGAGGAUAAACGGACCCGCCCUGCUCCGGAUUCAUCGCCCGUGACAUGCUGGAAAAUCAGCCAAUUUCACCGAUUCACUGGCACUGGCAUAGCGAUCAUCGCACUGACUUUGUGGAGAGUCUCGAUACUCAACGGACAGCUGCCCACCUUUUCCGAUCAGGACAAUCCGUUGGCUCUUUCCCAUCAUUUUUUAACGAGGGUAUUAAGUUUACUCUACCUGCCCGUUGUCAAUAUGGGAUUGCUGUUGGCCCCCGUCAGUUUGAGCUACGAUUGGCAGACGGGCUCCAUUCCGGCUAUCGUGAGCUGGUCGGACGGGAGAAACGCUCUCUCGCUUUUAUUCUACACGUGCGUCGCUCUCGUGGCCGUCGUCGCAUUCAAUCGAAGCAACAAAAUCGUCAUUUGGAGCUUGUUAGUCAUGACUAUUCCGAUGGUCCCUUGUUCCAAUCUCUUCUACGCUGUCGGGUUCGUCGUAGCAGAACGGCUGCUCUACAUGCCCAGUUUGGGGUUCUGUUUGCUCGUCGGGCACGGACUGGACAACUUGCUAAUAAUAACGGAAAACGUUGGCGACGUCAAUCAAGGGAUGGCUCGGGCGGGAUUGAUUCAAAAGAUCAAACGAUCCGGCAGGACGGAAGGAGAACUUUGCUGGCCAAAAUUAAUGAGGCGAUUGAUCGUCAUUUCGACAGUGGUCACAGCCACUUCGUUGCUAACCAAGACACUUGUCCGUAAUGAGGAAUGGAGUUCCAGGAAGACACUCUUCUCUUCCGGAUUGAGAACAAUGCCGCACAACGCCAAAAUCCACUACAAUUACGCCAAUCUUCAAAGAGAUUUAGGCGACUGGGAUCAAGCGAUGCUUCACUAUCGUCGAGCCAUCCAGUUAUGGCCGAGCUAUUCGAGCGCUCACAAUAACUUGGGAACGUUGCUACUAGGCCGUUCAGCGGGUCCGGCUACCGAUAUAGAACGCAAACAGUUGGUCGAUGAAGCCGAAAGACAUUUCCUGCAAGCGCUGGCCGUGCAUUUUAGACACGUUCACGCUCGAUACAAUUUGGCCGUCAUCAACAUUUGUUACAGGCACAAUUUGGAUGAGGCAAUCUCUUUGUUAAUCGACUCUCUAUCUCUCGACGCGACGCACAAACCAGCCCAAAAGCUCCUGAAUUUUUUAACUAUCGAUCGCCAUCGAUCACCGCCGUCCGUCCAAGGAGGUCAUCAGAUCAACGAGACGGGAUCGACGGACAAACGUAGCCACGACUUGUCUAAAAAGAACAGCAUCACAAUGAACGACCUUCUUUUGAUUCUCCUUGAGAAUUAAAAUGAGAACACGUGAUGACUAUGCCAUUCACCUUAUAGACCUCCCAUUAUCCCCGUGCUUUGUAUACAAGCGACAAUAAAUG